AUGGUGGCAUCGGCGUCCAUAAAAACGCCUUUUAUCAUUGGUGUUGCUGGUGGCACUGCUUCUGGGAAAUCAUCAGUAUGCGCGCGAAUAAUGGAAAAGUUGGGUAUGGCUCAUAAACAUCGGGUAAUUACUCUUUCGCAAGAUUCCUUUUACAGAGAUCUAAGUGAAGAAGAGUCAAAAAAGGCGAGCCGUGGCGAAUUUAACUUUGACCAUCCAGAGGCGUUCGAACAUAACCGAAUGCUUGAUACUCUAGAGAGCUUACGAAGUGGGCAUAGUGUUUCUAUCCCAAGAUAUGACUAUUGUACGAAUGCUAGACUUGAUGAACACUUUACGGUGGAACCUGCAGAUGUCAUUAUUGUUGAAGGGAUACUGAUUUUUUACGACCAUAAGUUGCGUGAUUUAUUCGAUAUGAAAAUUUUUGUUGAUGCGGAUUCUGACGAUCGUCUAGCUCGACGCGUGCAACGGGAUACAAAGUAUCGUGGGAGGACUCUCCAGCAGGUGUUAAACCAGUACCUUAACUUGGUCAAGCCGGCUUUUGAAGAAUUUUGUCUCCCGACAAAGAAAUAUGCAGACCUGAUCAUUCCAGGAGGAGCAGAUAACGAAGUAGCUAUUGACCUGAUUUUGCAUCAUAUCCACGAAAUACUUCGUUCUCCUCGUUCUUCGUCGCAUUCAUCACUUGAUUUGGAAGAGAAUCUGGAUGGAUUUUCUUCAUACAGUCGUCCUCACUGA